AGGAUGGGGACUGUGGCAGGGUCUCCUGCACCCAGCGUGUCUUGCUGUGUUUCGGGGCUCACCGCUGCAGGCUGAGGUCACCAAAAAAGAGAGCAAAAGCACAGAGAGGGGUAACUUGUAAAAGGCAGAGCUCUCCGCUUCUGUAGAUGGGGCGCUGGAUAUGCUGCCUUGGCUCCAGAGUUGCAGAUUCGUUGAUGCUGCUCCUGGUUUUGGCUCUGAGCUCUAACACUUCCACAGCAGCAAUAGCUUCUCCGCCUGCGCCCCACAUCAAACACAGCUACAGUUUUGGCCGGACUUUCCUGGGACUUGAUAAGUGCAACGCCUGCAUUGGGACAUCCAUUUGCAAGAAGUUCUUUAAAGAAGAAAUAAGGUUUGACACCUGGCUUUCUUCUCAUUUCAAGCUGCCCCCCAGCUACCUCCUCAGCUACUCAGGCAACUACACCGACGAUGCCAAAACCUGGCGGACGGUCGACAUCACCCGGCUGACCUCCAAGUACCGGCACGACCGGGCCGACAAGCGCAUCUGCACCUCCCUGAUGAAGACCAAGACCUGCAGCCUGGAGCGUGCCCUGCGCCGCACCCAGCGCUUCCAGAAGUGGCUGAAGGCCAAGCGCCUCACCCCCGACCUGGUACAGGGCCUCUCUAGCCCAAUGCUACGCUGCCCAUCCCAGCGUCUCCUGGACAGGAUCGUGCGGCGCUAUGCUGAGGUGCCAGACGCCGGCAGCAUCUACAUGGACCACCUCACCGACCGUGACAAAUUACGCCUGUUGUACACUUUGUCAGUGAAUUCACACCCCAUCUUGUUACAGAUCUUCCCUGAUGUGGAGGGAUGGCCCUUUCCACGAUACCUGGGUUCCUGUGGGAGACUCUUGGUCAGUGCCAGCACCCGGCCUCUGCGCGACUUCUAUGGCGCAGCCCCUGAGGUGGCCGCCGACCUGGCCCUCCAGCUCCUCGCCAUCCUCCGCUUCCUGGGCACCAACGACCUCAACUAUUUCUUCUACUUCACUCACGUGGACGCUGGCACCUUCGGUGUAUUUAGCAACGGGCAUCUGUUCAUCCGGGAUGCCAGCACACUGGGGAUCAUCGACAAGGAGGAAGGGAGCCAGCUGACAGAUGAACAGCAGGAAUACCAAGAUAUAUUCAGUUGUUUGACUAUGGACUGCCAGUCUGCAUCUGUGUCCUGUAACUCCAUUGGAGAGAAGCACAGCCUCAUCAUGGUCUGUCGAGAGCUUUUGCCUCAGCUACUGGGGGGAAAAUUCCCACAACCCCUGCAGGAGAAAAUAGACAAUUUCCUGCAGCACUGUGCUAAUGGCCUCACUGAUGACCAGGGCGUCAAUGAGGUGGUUGCAAAGCUGGCAGAGCUCCUGAAACCUUUACGGUCUUGCAAUUCACGUUUUGCCUACCGCUACCCUGACUGCAAAUACAGUGACAAAUACUGACUGCUUCAGAGGA